AUGCGUGACGUUGUGGAGAAUGAAAAGGUAGCAACAGGUACAGACGAAUCUAAAACCGACACACUGGUGGAUGAUCUGCUUCGUAUCGCCGACUUGAAUGUCUGGCCCUUAAAGAUACUAAUAAUUAUUAAAGAAAAGCCUUAUGUUUCCGCAGACCUCGAAUUUGUGGUUGCUAAUCGAAAAUUAAAUAUGGUGGCUGUAGAGGAUAAACAUAUUAAAAACAUCUAUUCACCAAGUGGUUUUGGAGAAACACAGAUUGCCGCAAAUAUUAUUGCUUGUGGAGAUGAGAAUAUACGUGCCACCGAUAAUGAGGAACCUGUUGAUGAGACCAUAUUUGCCAUGCGCGUUCUUUCAACGUACGUAACAUUUUACAAGGCAGAGAUCCCUGCAAAAUAUUGGGCCGAGCUUAGUCGUGGUUUACCAAAAACGGAAGUCAUUGUUAAGAGAUGGCCAGGAGAAAAUGCUAAGCGGAAAGGUCUGGAUUUAGUAGAACCAAACGGGAGAAAAGCAGUGCUAGACGCGUUAGCUAAUAUUCGUGAAUUUCUUCUGCGCCACGAACAACCUGCUUUAGAAAAGACAACUUUAAAAUUUCUAGCUCUUGAUUUACAAUUAG